CACUGUCUCCGUCAAUACGUUGCCCUGUCUCACAAAUUCUUGCCUGUACACCUACAGGCUGCUGGGCAGCAUGAACAACGUGACCAUGUUGUUGCCCAAAACCCAAAAUAUUCUUGAGGCCUAUUACAAAGGGAUCAGAGGAGUUUUCACGCCCGAUUUCCCAGCGAUGACACCAAUAAUAUACAACUUCACGCAAGGUUAUAAGCCGGAGAAUUUGGCGCCCGCCCAUUUCGGAACGGCGGUGUACAUGUUGGACUACAACUCGGAAGUCGAGAUGGUGCUUCAAGGCACCGACUAUGGGUAUGGCGAUGGAAUCGAUCAUCCCAUGCAUUUACAUGGACACAGCUUCUACGUUGUCGGAACUGGAUACGGGAACUUCGACCCGAACACGGAUCCGCCAAACUUUAAUCUCAUUGACCCGCCGUUGGGGAACAUGGUUGCCGUUCCAAGAAAUGGAUGGAGUGCUAUCAGAUUUAAGGCUAACAAUCCAGGAGUGUGGUUCAUGCACUGUCAUUUCGAGCGUCAUCACAGUUGGGGAAUGAUGAUGGCGUUCAUCGUUAAGGACGGGGAAGCCCCCAAUGAGAAGAUGUUGCCUCCGCCCCCAGAUAUGCCCCGCUGUGAAGCGCCCCCUGCAGCCUCAACAAUUUAGAAUUAAUUAAUUAUAUCAAUCCGCACGUAUUGUAAAAUAACUGAGUCUUACUUACACAAGGCUCACCAUGAUUCAUAAGAAAACCAGCAUGGGUUUCUUUUAUUUAAACUAGUGUUAUUUCUUUUAGUCCUUCCUUCAGUACACCAUCAAUGUUUCUUUAAUUUUGUCAUUUUAGUAUGUCCCCACAAAAUGUACAAAACCCAUAGCACAAUUUACUAUAGUGAGACUCAUACUUCAGUCAUGCACCACACAAUAUGUGAUAUUUUAUAUAAAAAAUUGGACAAUCAUAUGUAUUUUAUGCAAAAUGCCACUUUCUUUUUCUCUUA